AUGGAAGACAAUCACAUUGAAACGCAUCAACAGAAGAAUAACGACGACGCAUGUUAUGGUAUUUCAAAUAUGGAUGAGAAUAAUGAAGUUGAAGAGACCCAAGGUAAUUCAAUCCAUGUGGUAUCCAUCGAAAACAGGCUUAAGAAAUUGCAUCCUAUCACUGAAGAAUGCAGCAUCUAUCGGGUUUCCAAACGACUACACAAUAUUCAUGAUACGGCCUUUGCGCCUCAAGCCAUCUCCAUCGGUCCUUUUCACCAUGGUCGAGAGGAGUUGAUGGCCAUGGAACAACUUAAACUCCGCUUUCUCCAUGGUUAUCUACGCCGCGUAGGAAUGGACGUUAAGGCUGCAUUUAAAAUUGCUCGGGAUUGGGAGACACGAGCCCGCAAGUGCUACGCAGAACCCAUAGACAUGAAGAGCGAGGACUUUGUGACAAUGAUGCUUGUGGAUGGAUGUUUCUUAGUGGAGUUCUUCAUAAUGGGUUAUGAAUUCAGUGGAAGUCAAACCCAAUAUCUCGGUGGUUGGUAUAUAGGAGUGGCUCGGCUUCCUAAGGUGCCCGCGAGAGAAGCAAACCACUUGGUUGAUUUAUUAAGCUUUUACUACGCCAUCCCCACAGUGACAAUUAGUGGAAACAACAACGGCCAGAAAUGGGAGCGUCCCCCAACUGCAACCCAGCUUAAAGAGGCUGGUGUUMGGUUCCAGAAAGCAAUAGACUGGAAACACAUUACAGACAUAAGCUUCAGAGACGGUGUUUUGAAGAUCCCUUGUUUCCAAAUUACGACGAGCUUUGAAACCCGUGUGCGAAACCUGUUGGCGUUUGAGCACUAUUACCACUUGGGGCGUGAUAAGAAGUGUUUACAAUAUUUUUCAUUUCUGGACGAUUUGAUAAGCACGGAGAAAGACGUAGGUUUACUUGUGAAGGCAGGAAUCAUCUCUAAUAAUAUCGGCGGUAAUCAUGAAGACAUUGCGAAGUUGUUUAACGAUAUGGUCAAAUAUGGCAACAUUUCAUCCUCGUUUUACUACUACAGCCAAAUUAGCCUGGAUUUACGUAAGUACUGCGACACACCGUGGCACCGGUGGAAGGCUUCACUAAAACGUGACUAUUUCAAUAGUCCAUGGACUUCUAUCUCCUUCCUUGCUGCAACCUUCCUCAUUCUCCUCACUGUCGUGCAAACCCUCUACUCUGCUCUACAAUAUCCCAACAAGUGAUUAAA